AUGUUCAGUGAGCUUAAAAAGAAGCAAGAGGAGGCGAAGGCAAAGAAAAACGAGCUGAUUUUCGACGAUCUCGAAUCGCAAACAAGCAAAUUGAAGUUAGCGGAAGUUGAAACAGCGAAAAAGGACCAAAGUGAGUUAUUAAAACGCAGGAAAAGUGUUCAUAAAACGAUCAAUCUAUCAGAAUACAUGUCCGAAAUGGAGACCAAGAGUUCGAAGAGACGAUCGAUCAAGAAAAGCGAUCAAAAGCCGUCUACAAUGUCGUUGAAUGUGGGAAGCGGUGGAAUUCACAAGGAGAAAGAAUCGGUGUCAUCGCAACGGAGCAAUAGUUUAGAGUCGCCAGGGCUUGGAGGAGGGCCAGGGCAGAAUGUGGGACUUGGAAUCUUUGAAGCUGCCACGAUGAUGUGCAAUAUCGUCGACAUCACCACGGACUCCACCAACAAAUCGUUCAAAAACGACAAAUCGAAGACUCUCAAAUCGAAGGAAAGCAAGACAUCUCUCGGAUCUGCCAGUGGACCAUUCUCUCAAAUGAAGGAGGCUCAGGAGAUGAAGAAAAAGAGCAAGAACAGCUUCGAUGCUGACGAUGAGGAUUGUUAA